CGUUACAUAUAUGCCAAUUUAGCAAUCGAACAGACUUAACAAUUCUAUUUUAACGGUGAACGGAUCAAUUUCCGAGCAACUAAAAUAAGUGUAAAACACGAAAGUGGUCUUUAAUUAUUUUGUUUCAUUCUAUUGUUAUAUAAAAUUACAAAAAACUUUACAUUUAACUAAGUAAAUAUAUAUAAGCAAUGAAUGUUUUCUCAAGUUUGCAUACAAUAGUACAUUCGAAUGAGUUUAUUUAGUUAAAUUCAAUUUUCCCACAGAUAAUGUUCCUUACGACUUCAUUGUGUUCAAUUUUCAUUUUCUUUCUACUGCACUGCUUUAUAAGAUAUGGAAGAGUGGGAAGAAUACUUCAUAAUAUUCCGGGACCAAAUGCAUAUCCCAUAAUAGGAAAUAUACAUCAUUUUUUCAUUGGCAAUGAAAGUACCCUUGCAAAACUUUGGGCAAUAAAUGCAAAAUUUUAUCCAAUUAACAAAAUUUGGUUCUUCUGGUACUGGACAGUAACUCUGCUUCAUCCGGAUGAUAUUGAGGUACUAGUGAGAAGCACUAAACAUAUUGAAAAAGGAAUAGCUUACCAUUUCUUGAGACCUUGGCUAUCUAACGGAUUACUAACCAGUGGAGGGGAGAAAUGGCAGAUACGUCGGAAGAUAUUGACACCAGCUUUUCACUUCAACAUCCUGAAACAUUUCGUUGUCACUUUAAAUAAUGAAGCACGGUAUCUUAUAACAUCUUUAAAAGAGGAAGAAAAAGGAGGUUCUGUAGUGAAAGAUUUACAAGAAUUUAUCAGUCAACAUACUCUUAACAUAAUAUGCGAAGCAGCCCUUGGUACUUCUUUGAAGGAGAGGGGCGACUUAGAGUAUAAUUAUCGUGAUGCGGUUCGUAGUUUCGGCAAUAUCGUAGCUUCUAGAUUUGUGAAACCUUGGGCCUAUUCCGAUAUUAUAUUUGGAAUCUCUUCAAUUGGUCAAUUACAAAGGAAACUAUUGAAAACGUUGCACAGUUUUUCGAAAAAAAUAAUUUCCGAAAGGAUACAAUUUCACGAAGAAACUAAUGGAAAAUAUUUGCAUAAUUAUGAAGAAAUGGAUGAGAAUGAAAUAUCUUGCGAAGAGCGCGUGGAUAAUAAUAAAAAUCCGAUGUUCAAAAAGGAACUUGCUCUACUUGAUCUGCUUAUAGCCGCUUGUGUGAAAGGAAAUAUGAUCGAUGUGGAAGGCAUCCAAGAAGAAGUCGACACUUUCAUGUUUGAGGGUCACGAUACUACUGCAGUGGCGUUGUGCUUUGCAUUGAGUCUGUUUGCAAAACACAAAGAUGUCCAGAAACGUAUAAGAGACGAGGUUAACAAGGUUAUGCAAGAAAACUAUAAUUUAACGAUUCCGAUGCUUCAAAAAUUUUCGUAUUUAGAGAGAUGUUUGAAAGAGUCACUUCGAUUAUAUCCAAGCGUCCAUCUUAUCUUUCGUCAUUUGACGGAGGAUAUGAAACUAAAAAAUUAUUUAAUCCCGGCUGGAUCGACGUGUAACAUAAACAUCUAUAGCAUCCAUAGAAAUCCAGAAUAUUGGCCAAAUCCCAAAGUUUUUGAUCCCGAUAGAUUCUUGCCAGAAAAUUUGAAAGGCCGUCAUCCUUAUUCCUAUAUCCCAUUUAGUGCUGGACCAAGAAACUGUAUCGGUCAAAGAUUUGCAAUGCUCGAGCUAAAAGUAAUAGUAGCUUAUAUAUUGCUUAACUUUCAUUUGGAACCGGUGAGUAAUCUUGAGGAUGUAAAAAUGUUGGAAGAUAUUACGCUGCAUUCGACCAAGCCCCUUCAAGUUAAAUUUAUACCAAUAAAAUAGAAUCUUCCUAGAAGUCAUUUUCUUCAAAAUGUACUCAGUGCAUUUCUUGGUAAUUUGUCGAUAAUGUCUGUCGAAGAGAUAGAUAGUUAUAAUCAACGUUGUACUUGAUGAACAGCUUAAAAAUCCGUUGUGGUUCGAACAUCAACUAACAACAAGUAUUUCUUAGUCUUUAUUUUAUUGCAAAUAUUCAUAAUUAAUUUUAAAUUAAUUGAAUGUUUCAAAAAUUGCAGUGCCAACGAAACCAUAUAUUAAUAUUAUAAAUAAUGCAUAUAGUAAGAAAUAAAUUUUUAUUAUUUUA